UCAAGACACACGACAGAAUUUGGUGGUUUGCUUUUAUUGAAAAGUUCUUUGUAGUCUACAAGAAGGUCUUUGUGGAUGUUUUCAGUGGAAUAUAUAUUAUUGCUGACACCACGGGAGUCUGUCUGAGGAAAACUACUUUCCAGCUCUCCUGACUUUUAUUUUGGUGUAGAUGUAUCAGUAAUGAACUCACCUUGACUGCGCUGUUAUAGAGUUAAAAGGAGACUAAUGACUGCAGACUUUUUAGUCUUCUAGAGAUUUAUCCCCAUCUGGAUACAGACUCUACCUUAACUGUCUUAUUGUCUUACUUAACUGUCUUACUCGCAGACCUCAGUAGCGAGCCCAUCACAAGACGUGAAUAUGUUGGAUAACGAUAGAUAUGCUGGCAAGAAACGAAAGAAACCUGUCCAAAAGCAAAAACCUGCUACAGAUGCCAUCAAGUCAAACCCAUCAAAGAGGCAUCGGGAUCGGCUGAACUGUGAACUGGAAAGGCUGACCAAUGUGCUUCCCUUCCCGGAGAAUGUAUGCUCUCGCCUGGACAAACUCUCAGUCUUACGUUUGAGUGUGGGCUACCUGAAAGUGAAAAGCUUCUUCAAUGCUACCACUGAGAAUAAUGGUGUCACGUUUCCCACAAAGAAUGGAGGAGACAUCAACAAAAUAGGUGCUAUGAGCUUCUCAGAGGGGGACCUGCUGCUUCAGGCUCUCAAUGGCUUUGUGCUGGUGGUUACGGCAGAGGGUUAUGUCUUCUAUGCAUCACCAACCAUUCAGGACUACCUUGGCUUCCAUCAGUCAGAUGUGGUCUAUCAGAGUGUGUUUGAGUUCAUCCAUGUAGACGACAGAGCCAUGUUCCGCCGACACCUUCAUUUUGCUCUCAACCCAAAUCUGUUAGACACUGACAAGGAGGGGGAUGGUGUGGAGAACAGCAGUGACAUAACAAGGAACGUUGUGACCUACAACCCUCAGCACAUCCCACCAGAGAACUCAUCUUUCCUAGAGAGGAACUUUGCAUGUCGUUUCCGAUGCCUCCUGGAUAACUCAUCUGGGUUUCUGAAACUGAACUUCCAGGGAAGGUUGAAGCUCCUCCACGGGCAGCGACAGAAGGCGGAGGAUGGUUCUUUAAUCCAGCCUCAACUGGCCCUUUUUGCCAUUGCCACACCUGUCCAGACACCUGCUAUUCUGGAGAUCCGCACGAAGACACUCAUUUUUCAGACUAAGCAUAAGCUGGAUUUUACUCCGAUGGGCAUCGACUCCAGGGGCAAAGUCGUGUUGGGUUACACUGAAAUGGAGCUGUGUAUGAGAGGAUCUGGCUAUCAGUUCAUCCAUGCUGCUGAUAUGAUGUACUGCGCAGACAAUCAUGUUAGAAUGAUAAAGACUGGGGAGAGUGGAAUGACAGUUUUCCGACUGUUAAUGAAGAAUGGAGGGUGGGUUUGGGUCCAGGCCAAUGCCAGGCUUGUCUACAAAGGAGGGCGCCCUGACUUCAUAAUUGCCCGCCAGCGAGCUCUGGUGAAUGCUGAGGGUGAGGAACAUUUACGUCAAAGGAGUAUGCAGCUUCCCUUCAGUUUAACCACAGGAGAGGCUGUCCUCUAUGACACCCAUCCCACCCUCAACAUAACAAACCCCAAAAUUAACAACACACAACCUUCCCUUCUGAAUGGGACUGAGCAGAAAGCCUCGGAUCCAGCCUCCAUUCUCGGUUACAUGCAGAGCCAGGAGAAGUCCAUCUAUAACCAGCCCAGUGAGAUUCAAUUCACAGCGGAUGAUGCCUUCUUGGACAGCUGGGCUCUCUUCAAUGUGCCCAGUCAUUCCUUAAGAGAUGAAACUGUAAAGGAAGAGGACAUGAUGGAUGUUUUAGAGCAGUUGGCUAAAGAUGGAGACCUUUGUACAGCCCUUCAGCAAAUAGAGGUGGACAACACAGAGCUGAAUUAUUUGGAGAAUGCUCUUCUGAGUAUGACCAAAGACAGCAGAGACAGUGAUAGAACCUUUGGUUCUGAUGAAAUUCUCACCAACGACAUUUUCUCCUAUGUGGAGGAUGCCUUGUCUAAGGAGACCAAUAGGUUUGUUCCAACACAACCAGUUGGUCCAAUAGCAACCAAUGCUGACUUAAUGGGUGGACACUCUGGGCAGUUGUCAGCAACUGCAGCAGAUUCUGGAUGUGAUUUCAUUGUAGGUCCCAACUUUGAGAGCAGCAGAGAAAACAACCCUGAUCUGAGAGCCCACACAAAACAGGAUUCUAUUGGAAUGGCAAACAGUUUGUUUCAGGAAGUGGUCACAAUGGCCAGUGCAACUGAGGAUUCAAAGAGACUUUCACUUGUAAGUCCGAAUGCUGCCAUGGGGAUCAAUGUUCCAGGACACCACGAAGACAUGUCUCCCCAGAGUCUCUUGAAUAACCUGUCACAGGCAGAGCUCACUGGCCAGGAAGACACAUCUCCUCAGACUCUCUUAAGUAACCUGUCACACACAGAGCAGUCUGGCCUGAUCCUGUAUGGCAACAAAGACCCAUCACUGUUCACUCAAAAGAACUGUGGUCCUAAAGCUACACCAGGCAUAUUCAGCAUUAAUGCUUCCAGCUGCUUGCAACUGCAAAAAAAUACACAGAAUGGCAUAGACAGGGUGCAAUGUUAUACAGGGUCCUCUUACCAGUCUGAGCCUUUCCCUGUAAAUCAGACUGAAAACAUGCAAAUAAAUAAUUCACAAAAUAAUUUUCAACAGCCAAGCCAUCCAACCAUCAACAAUUGGAACAAAAUGGCUUUGGGCGCAGAGACUCAUACUCUGUCCUUGUCUGCACACAACAGCUGUGUAUCCUCUGACAUGAAUCCAUGUUACCUAAAUCCAUCCAGAUGCCCCCAACAAAGCAAAAUGCAGCCUUUCCAGCAGUGGCAGCAGGCACAACCAGUGCAGCCUGGUUCCAGCCCUCUCAAAAGCAGACUUGUGUCUGAGUGUUGUUUUCAAGCUUUGGACAACCCAGGGUUCCCUCUGGUGGAUGUCUUACCAGAGAGCUCCCAGAGCUGCAGUGCGGAACGCAACAACUUAUUAAACGACAUGUACCAUUCACCACCUGACAGACUGAGAGGUGGCCCGUGUUCACUGCUCAGCAGCUGCAUGUUUGACAACCAUUCUCCACUUGAUACAAAUGCAGAUCAGCUGCACCCUCAGGCCCAGGCAGUGACCAUCUCUGCAGGCUGCAGGACAAAGCCCAGCAAAAACAGCCCCCCACAGGCCUCUUGUUAUUUUCAGUGGAUGCACAAUAAGCCAGUGGUGGGCACAUGCUCAAUUCCCCAAGAGGACGCCUGUAUCAGCCCUCUAUCCUGUCAGAUGGCUUCUGGCAUUGCUCCUGUGGAUAUGAGGAAGGCCUUCCAGCGAUACCUUGGUUGUAAUGGACAAACACAGGUCGAAAUCGUUCCCGUUGAAGACAGUUCUUUUUCUUGCUCUACACUUGCCAGGGGAGUGUACCUUUCUGAGAUCAGCAAAGGCAACUGCUGCAAUCUCUGAGAUUCCUUCCCAUUCAUCAAACUAAUGUCAGUGGGGACUCAGAGAAUGGAUGUAUCUGGACAAAUAAACAAGACACCACACUGAACAGUACUUGUGUUCUCUGUCUGUGGUGUGUCUGAAGAUAUAGAGGAAAAGAAGAGAGAUAACAUUUAAUUAAGUGUUUAAAGUAAUUGCAUUAGAUGGGCAUUACUGGGCAUUGAGUAGUUUAUUGUUUGUAAUGACCCUUUCAUGGUGCAUCUAUAUGAUAUUGUUUAUAACUGCAUCGUGUCAUUUCAGAGAGGAUUACAACGUUAAAAACUUUUAAUAGGCCUCUACUAAGACCAUUGUAUGCUAUAAUAAUGUACCGCACAAAUAUCUAUGGUUGAUAUUCAUGAUUUUUUUUUUUAAUGAUAAGUUAAAUAAUAAACUUAUGGUCACAA